AUGUGGAAGCAGCCGCCGGCAACCGCAUCCCGCGGUCCCGUUCUCGUGCACCAGCACGUGCACAUGCGCGCCAGCUCGUGCGCCCGGUCCUCCUCCAUGCCAGACUCUGUAAUCGCGUUUAUGGCGACGGAGUUCCAUAAUCUCCAGGAGAUGCGGCAGAGUGCGUCACUGGUAACAAAGGUGUUUAUACAAAGAGACUACAGCGAAGGAACCGUGUGUCGAUUUCAGAUCAAAUUCCCUUCAGAGCUCGAAAACAGGAUUGAGAGAGCUUUACUUGAGCAGACGUUGAGGACCAUCAACUCUUUCUAUGUCGAAGCUGAAAAAAUUGGGGGCCAGUCAUACUUGGAAGGAUGUCUUGCUUGUGCGACAGCUUACAUCAUCUUCCUCUGCAUGGAGACACGCUACGAGAAGGUGCUAAAGAAGAUAUCAGCGUACAUUCAGGAGCAGAAUGAGAAGAUUUAUGCUCCUAGGGGUCUGCUUCUUACAGACCCCGUAGAAAGAGGAAUGAGGGUUGUAUCCUUUGUUCACCUGCUAUUAAAGAGUGAAACAAUCAGGCAUUGGAUGAGGGCUAAAGUCUGGAUAUGCUACAUCCAAAUGGAUUCACUGGAGAUCAGCGUGUUUGAAGACCGAGGCUCAGUCAGCUCCAGUCCCAGCACCAGCGUGUCAUCAGGCAGCAGUGCUCGAUGA